AUGCAGAGCCUUGAAACUGGAGCUUUAAGCCUCCUGCUGCCAGCAGUGCUCGCAACUGCUACCGCAUACGCGGUGUACACGGUCAUCUAUAACAUCUACUUCCACCCUCUAGCCAAAUUCCCAGGACCACCGCUUGCAGCAACGAGCACGUACUGGAAGGCUUACGUGGAGUGCGAUGUCAUCCGUGUUGGCCCAAAUGAGCUCCAUUUUGCCAAUCCCCAUGCCUACAACGACAUCUACAACAGCAAAAAUCGCUGGGACAAGGAAGCACGAUUAUAUAAAAGCUUCGGCGAAGAUAGGUCGAGCUUCGGCUUCCUCACGUAUGGCGAGUCAAAAGUGCGCAAGGAUGUGCUCAACCGUUCUUUCUCGCAGACGGCAAUCGCUAGCGCAGAGACCUUGGUGACCGAGCAGACAAAAGCAUUGUGUGCAGCCUUUACGAGGCAAAGUCAGGCUUCGAAGAGCGCAGAUUUAUACUACGCCUAUCGGUGCCUAAGCAUGGAUAUCAUUUGCACCUUCUGUUUUGGUAAGCCGAUUCACGCAGUCGACGCGCCUGAAUUCGCAGCGCCAAUUGUGGUGGCCAUGGAUGCCUCAUUGCCUGUCUUCAUCCGCUUCAAGUACGCUGAAUGGUACAAGAACAUGAUAAUGUCUUGUCCUCCUAAGCUGUCCAGGAUCAUAAGUCCUGCCACCGCCGGUCUCGUUGAUCUGCAGCAGCUUCUAAAGCAGCAGAUCAAUGAUCUGACAGACGACCCUGAGAAGCUGAACCAGCUCCCUCACAAUUUAACUAUCUAUCACCGUCUCAUGGAUCCUACAGCAUUUCGCGACAAGACCGUUCCUUCUUCAGGCAGUCUUUACGAGGAAGCUCAAGCACUUAUGUUCGGUGGCGCAGAUACCGUUGGAAACACACUUAUGGUGGGAACCCAUCACCUGUUGCAACGACCGGAGGUUCUACAGACUCUGAAGAAGGAGUUGUCGACCGCUUGGCCAACACUUUCCAAGGAGCCAAAGUUGCGCGAUCUCGAAAGCUUGCCAUAUCUGAACGCCGUCAUCAAAGAAUCUCUGCGAAUGUCAUCGGGCGUAGUGUCUGGUCUGCUUCGCGUAGUGCCGCUGUCAGGCGCGACCAUCAAUGGCAUUGCUAUACCGGCAGAGACAAUUGUUUCCUGCGGCAGUACGUUUGUUCACUACAACACGUUGAUCUUCCCGAAACCGAAUAUCUUCGACCCUGAACGUUGGCUGGACUCCGCAGAGCUAGACAAUUGGCUUGUGGCGUUCUCGCGCGGCCCGCGCAUGUGCCUGGGUAUCAAUCUUGCAUGGGCUGAACUCCGUCUCGCAUUCGCCCAUACCAUCCGCAAGUUUGACCUCUCGCUGCACCGUCCGAUAAUUAGCUAA